AUGGCUGGUUUAGUCUCUAAUGACACAGAAGCUCAGAGCUCUGGAGAUUCAAGCGGCAAACGCGGUGGCUGGAUCACUUUUCCGUUCAUGAUCGCAACGUUGUUAGGUUUGUCCAUAACUUCUUUCGGAUGGGUAAUGAACUUGAUCGUCUUCUUGAUUGAGGAAUUCAACAUCAAGAGCAUCGCUGCUGCUCAGAUCUCAAACGUUGCCAAUGGUUGUCUCAGCGUAGUCCCUGUUGUUGCAGCCAUUUUAGCUGAUUCUUUCUUCGGAAACAUUCCCAUUAUCUCUGCCUCUGCUUUCAUUUCCUUAACUGGCAUUCUUCUCUUGACUCUGAUCGCAUCUUUGGACUACUUGAGACCUAGACCGUGUGCAACAGGGUCAAUCCUAUGCCAGUCUCCAUCGAAGCUUCAGCUUGGUGUCUUGUAUGCAGCCUUAGCUCUAGUGACUGCCGGAGCAGGUGGGACACGGUAUACCUUAGCAUCCGCAGGUGCAAACCAAUACGAGAAACGUAAAGAUCAAGGAAGCUUCUUCAACUGGUACUUCCUCACGCUAUAUGCUGGAGCGAUUACUGGCGCCACAGCGAUAGUAUACACACAAGACAAUGCUAGCUGGAAACUUGGGUUUGGCAUCUGUGCUGCUGCUAAUUUGGUAAGUUUCUUUGUCUUCGUCUCCGGGAAGAGACUAUACAAGCAUGACAAACCCAUGGGAAGUCCCUUCACAAGCCUGAUCCGCGUUUUAGUCGCUGCUACAGUAAAAAGAAAGGCUGUGAUUUCUUCAAAAGAAGAAGACUAUCACCAUGAGGCCAAGACUUCUGCUGCAAUGCCGUCAAAGAGAUUCAGGUUCUUGAAUCGUGCAGCGUUGAAGACCAAAGACGGCUCAGUUAAUAACAUGUGGAGGCUAUGCUCUGUUCAAGAAGUAGAAGAUUUCAAAGCCAUUCUCAGACUUCUUCCUUUGUGGCUAGCCAUAAUCUUUGUUAGUACUCCCAUGGUGAUGCAAACAAGCUUGAUGGUACUCCAAGCUCUAGUUACGGACUGUGGGCUCGGGACUCACUUCAAAGUCCCUGCCGGGUCACUCCAAGUCAUAGUACUCAUCUCUGCAUCCACCUUUCUUAUACUAAACAAGUGGCUUGUCUAUCCAAUGUUUCAGAAGCUAACCCAUAAACCGCUAACACCGCUUCAAAAAGUCGGUGUAGGCCAAGUUCUCACCAUCCUAAGCAUGGCGAUAUCCGCGAUUGUGGAAGCAAAGAGACUCAAAUCAGUUGAAAAUGAGCAUCUCAUGUCAGUGCUAUGGCUGUUUCCUCCUCUGGUGAUAGUUGGAAUAGGAGAGGCCUUUCAGUUUCCGGGGAAUAUUGAGUUGUUUUAUGGAGAAUUCCCUGAGUCUCUGAGGAACACCGCUACUUCAUUGACCUCGCUGGUGAUUGGAAUCUCUUUCUAUCUAAGCACAGCUUUGAUCGAUCUGAUCCAGAGGACCACGGAGUGGUUACCAGAUGACAUUAACCGUGGAAGAGUUGACAAUGUUUACUGGCUUUUAGUUAUUGGAGGAGUCUUGAAUUUUGGGUAUUUCCUUGCCUGCUCUUGGUUUUACAGAUACAGAAGUAACCUCCAAGGUGAUGAUAAUGAACAAGAUCCUAAAGAUGUUUCAACCUAA